CCAGCACAGAUUUGUGCCCAGUGGAUUUGGGUGAUGUUUUUAGCAGCCGAGCAGAAUUUGUAGUAGUGGAUGUGGAGAUGCACAAGGUCACAUGGAAAAGACCCAGGGGAAAAUCCCGAUUUCAAAGACUGGAGACAUACUUUGUCCUUUUUUGGCUACCUACAGCUGUAUAUUUAUACUGUAAGGAGUAUAAUCAACAAAAUAUUUCGGUUUUGAUUUUACAGGAAAAGUGGUCCUGAAAUAACUGUAUGGGGUGGAGAGAGGGACAAGGUCCAGAGUUGCUGCGGGGUGGUGUCUGUGCUCCCCCUGCUGGGGAAGCUGAGACAUGCUCAUUUCAGAAGGAUGGGGACCCUGGGUGCCUGGCCAAAGUGUUUCCCAGCUCAGUAGGGACUGGCUCUGCUGUGUUGGGAGGACAGCACAUGGUACAAAAGACAGACGCUGGUCCAUAGACCCUUGAGGUGUGGGUAUAAAUCUUUUCAGGGAUGAGAGAGAAAGACAGCUGGAUAAAUGCCCAGGUGUUCUUGUGUAGGCCACUGCUCCCACAUCUAGGAACCCGACCUUGUGGGUGAGGACAUACCGUUCCUCCAGUCGAGUUAAUAACUUCCUUCCUUAGCCAAGGAAUAUAGCUCUGCGUCUACAGCAGCUCUUGCUCAAACUGUCAAAAUCAGUCUACAAGGAGCAUGGUCACAGGAAGGUGGGAUUUCGGGAUACCCCUCAGGGACUGCCCUUCUCCCCAGAUUUCCAUCAUGAAGCCCCAUGUACUUGUAGGUGCGCUGGUCAUGGUGGGCUUCGCCGUGGGAAAGGCUCCUGUUCCUGAAGUCCGGACCUGUCACCUCUGCCUCUUGGAAGACCCUUCUGUAGGGUGCAUUUCAGGCUCAGAGAAGUGUACCAUCAGCAGCUCGUCACCAUGCAUGGUGAUCACCAUCUAUUAUGAUACCAAGAUUCGUUUCUUCAUCCGAGGAUGUGGACAGUACAAUUCUUACCACUGCCAGGAAAAACGCAAUACCUACUUCUCGGAGUACUGGUACCAGGCCCAGUGCUGCCAGUACGAUUACUGCAACUCGUGGUCCAGCCCCCAGCUCCAGAGCUCCCUGCCUGAUCCCCCUACUGGAGCCUUGGCCCUGCCCCUGUCGGAGUCCCAGAUCCAGUGGUUCUACAAGGCCCUGAACCUCUCACUGCCCCUGCCCAACUUCCAUGCUGGGAAGGAACCUGAAGGCCUUGACCCCCUGACCACUCUGUCCCUGAACCUGAGCUUUUCCAUUGCUGACCUGCGCCACAUAUACUUGUCUCUUAACAGCUCGGGACUUCUUGUUCUUCCCUGGGCUGGGCCCUGACACCUUAUCCUUCUUGGAUUUUACUCUUCUGGCAUCUCUCCCUUACCCCAGCACCUAGUGCUGCCCUCCUAGAACAUCCACAUUGUCUGGUCUCUGAUUUUUCAGGCCUGCCUUCCUCUGUACUUCUAGCACCUUUCUGGCUUUGGUUUAAUUUCCUUCCCAGAAACUGCUGUGGCACUGCACCCAGUGCUCCUCUUUCUCCUAGAAAAUGCUAAGUUCACUUUCUGCCCAGGUUGACCUAGGGAAGGCACUGGUUUCCUCAUGCCUUUCCCAUCUUUUGAGUCCAUCAUCCACCUCAUCUUCCCGUCCCCUGUCAGUCUGCUCACCUGCUACCUCCAUUCAGGUCUGGUUGUAGAUUGCAGCCCAUGCCUGUCUUAAGACCCAGAUGACUGAAUUUGUAGCAAGAAGAAUGAAGGGUAGACAUCUGUGCAGAUUGCCUGACUAGGCACUCUGUUGUCAUUGCCUCACUGCCUCCACCUCUACUUCUGCCCUCGUUUCCCACUUCUUUUGUCACUGUGUCUGGCCUCCUCAGCCCCACUUCACAUCACUGAGUCCUGACACCCACUUUCAUAGGUGCCAGCGAAGAGGAAAGGCGAGGGUCGCUCUGCACCACCAUCUCCCUCUUGUUCAUCACAACUUCCACAAUAAAUGGACUGGGAUAA